UGGCGCGCGGGUUGCUGGACAACCGCGUGGACGAGCUGCAGCCCUUCUUCCCGCCAGCCCUCGCAGGAGGCUCCCGCAACCACAGCUACGAUAUCAGCUGUGCGCUACACCGCGAACGCUUAUUCGCCGACGGGGUGGAGCUGCAGGUGUCCAGCCACCUGCAGAGCCUGGUGCGCUACAUGUGCGCGUUGCUGCACCCUCACGGCCCGCACGAAAACGCCGGCCCACGGGAGCCCUUGUACAGCUUGGGAUUCAUUGUAACAGCAGAGCGCUUUGACCCUAUGGAUUAUGUUCGAGAUUCAUUGAUGGAGAAAAAGUUCCACGUGGAGUACCUGGACGGGUGCCGGCGCCACGGCCGGCACGUGUUCCCGGUGCACGUGCGGUGUGCGGGCGGCGCCACCCAAGUGAGCGUGCGGGGCCUGCCGCUGGUGCCGCGGUCGCUCUCCUGGGCGCUGCUAGCCACCGCUCGCUGCGGCCUCUCCUCGCGGGCGCCCCCUGCCCCGCACGCCCCGCACGCCCCGCACGCCCCGCACGCCACCGCGCGCGACGACGCCAAGGAGUGGCGCCUGCAGCAGCAGAGUCACCCAGCGCCGCCGCCGCAGGCGACCUCGCGCCUGCAGGCCCCGCACACGACGCCCGUCUUCCUCAACGGGAAUCACGACACUUGGAGAAUGAACGUGUUCUUCUCAACGCUGACGGCCACCACGCCCAGCCCUGUCCCUUACGCAUCGCCGUGGGUGACCACGGUUCCCCCGCCGUCCUCUUAUCCGUCCACGUCGCCCGCAGACGCAGGUCCACCGUUGCCUCCGGCCUCUUCCUCCCCGGCAGGCCCCGCGGCUCCGCCCUCCGAGUCCUCGUUCCGCGCGUUUUUGCUUGCUACUUUUGAUUCCACAACGUCCACAUCCACUGUCCCCAUUCCGACGACCGAAUUCCCUUCCCCGUCUUCUUCGCCCCGGACCUCCUUCUUGUCGCUUUCCUCCUACCCUUCCAUCUUAAAAUAUCUACCGCCCGUAUCGUCCGAAUAUUCACCUUCUCCGCUAACAACUCCUCAAUCCUCGCCGCUAGAAACGGUCACUGCGAAGUCUUCUACGUCGAGUGCUUGGUCGUAUUUAUUCCCAGUUGCCUCAACCGCUUCCACCGUUGAGUCGGCGUCAGGUGGGUCGCAGCGGGUGGCUCCGACGAGACGGCACGACGAUCGGCUGCCUCACGCCGACUGGCGGCAAGACGCAACGGCGCACGUGAUGCGAGACCUCGAUGAGGAGGACAACGCUUCUGAGCAACUGGAACAAGUAGAAGAGGGAGUGCUUCCUGGUAAUUCAGAGGAGGUGCUACCCACACCCGAAAGACUCGAUUCAGCGUCGCCCAACAACAGAGUUUAUUCUUCAGAAGAAUACCCAGAUGACGCGGAGGACUUUCACAACCAUAGUUAUAUUUUACGGUGCGCGGAGAGCGGGGCGCUGCAGGUGGACGGCGAGGAGGCGCGCAUCACUUCGCAUAUGGCGGCGGCGCUCUUCUUCCUGUGCGCGCUGCUCUCCUCCGCGCAGGGCUCGCGCCCCACCGCCUACGAUUUCGGCCCCAUCCGCACCGUGGAGGCCUAUCGUACGGAGGAUGUGGCGAUGAACGGAGAUGGAGACCUCAGCUUGGACGUGCUGUACGAGGGCGGGGCGCUCCCGCGCUCCCACGACGUCAACAUCUUCUGGCAGACGUGCCGGCCCGACCCGCCGGGGCCCGAGUUCAGCCUGGACAGCGGCCCGCUGCUGCCGCACUCCAUCGUGUGGAGCCUCUUCAGCAAAGUGCGGUGCGGCGCCGACCAGGGGGAGACGUUCCCCGGCGCUGAACGUUAUUUUGGAGACGACGUAGCCUCCGAAGACAGGGCUUCCGAGGAGUUGUUACCUUCCUAUUCGGAUAGACACCACUACGUUAUCAGGUGCACCCCUGGAGAGGAGGCGCUGGUGGUGGACGGGCUGGAGGUGCGGCUGACGAAGCACAUGGAGUCUGCGCUGGGGCUGCUGUGCUUCAGCGCCGGUCUGCACGGCCACGACAACGCCACCAGGAACCUCGGCAGGCUGCGAACCGUGGAAGCCUUCAACCCGGAGGAGUACAGUUUGGAGGCCGACGGUAGUAAGCGGAUAGAUAUACUCUACAAAGACAAUAUCAGCCGCUGUGAUGAAAGGAUAUUUUCAAUGAUGCCCGAGUGCCAGGCGCGGCCGGUGCGCUUCGAGGUGAACGGGCGCCAGGUGCGCACCGGGGGCCUCAUGUGGCGCCUGUACCGCUCGCUGCUGUGCGGCGCCGCCGCCGGGGACGCCAGCGCCGAGGACGCCGCCGGGCAAAUGGAUGAAGACGAAUACCAGUCCCCGCUUUACGUCGCCAGCAAUGUACAUAAUUAUGCAAUUAGGUGCCGGCGCGGCAGCGAGCGACUGCUGGUGGACGGCGUGCGCGUGCGUGCUUCGCGCCACUUGCUGGCCGUGCUGCGCUUCUUGUGCGACGUGAUCGAGGUGUCGACGGCGCUGCCCGAGGGCGGUGUCUUCUCCUUCGGCGACCUGGCCACGCGCGACCCCUUCGCCACGGCGGAUUUUGAUGUCCAGUACACACAGCCAACUAACAGAGCAGAUCGUCAGCCCACCUCUCUUAGAUCAAUAUGUGAACCUGAGGCUCAGUUCAUUCUAGACGGUCAUCGGCUCGCGCCCCACACUCUCGUCUGGUCGCUGUUCCAUCAUUUACGCUGCCGGGAGCUGGCUUCAUCACAACCAACAGUUCAAACAUAACACCUAUAUUCCACUCUUCAUUUUCAAAUAGUUUGUCUACAUAAUUUUAAUAAGAUAUAUUAAACCCGAAUACAUGUGUAUGGGUCUUAUAGUUGUACAAACCACUAUUUGUAGUAUUUUAAAGAAAUUCUCCGAGAAGAACACACUUGGAAUAUCAUGCUAACCUUCAUAAAAUAACUGUGUAUACAUUAACAAAAUCAGUUCCAGUGCCGAAAUGUACACUGGUGUACUUGUGAAAAUAAAGAAAAUAUACGUAAUAAUGUUGGAGAUGAUAUCUCAAUAUUUCUUUUACAGAAAAAGGUGUCGAGAUCAGCACAGAUUUAAUUUUAGGUGCCCAUAGAAAGACGUUCAAA